CUACAGAAGCUUCCGCCGUCCCACCUGCUGCAGCGCGCAGUUUGCCGACACUGAGAAUUAAAACGCCAAGAUGCUGGUUUUGGUGCUACCUGCUCUACUUUUGUUCGUGUUGUUGGCAGUGCCGUACUAUUGGAUUAACCAUUCACGCGCAGCUCGCCUUGUUGCGAACCUUCCAGGACCAAAACCGUACCCUGUAAUUGGAAACAGUCUCGAAUUUGGUAGUGGAUCCACAGUCGAAAUACUUGAAGGUUUGAAGAAGCUUCAAAAACAACAUGGAUAUCUGUACCGAAUGUGGCUGGGUUCGAAUUUAUUUGCAGUUGUUGCUGAUGCAAAAUAUGUUGAGCAUUUUUUGAGUUCAAAUACGAACAUUUCAAAAAAUAUGGCUUACAAGUUUUUAGAACACUGGUUGGGUACUGGUCUGCUGACAUCCACAGGUAGUAAGUGGAAACACCGAAGAAGAAUUAUUACACCCACAUUUCAUUUUAAAAUUCUGGAAGAUUUCAUGGAUGUCUUCAAUAGCCGUAGUAAUAUUCUAGUGCAAAAAUUGAAGAAAGAAGCUGAUGGAAGGGAAUUUGAUAUCUAUAACUACAUCACACUGUGUGCUCUGGAUAUUAUUUAUGAGACAGCAAUGGGAGUUCAAAUGAAUGUUCAAGACAACAGUAAUUGUGAAUAUAUUUCUGCUUUGCAGGGAUUAGCUGACAUCAUGGUAAAGAGAAUGUUUACACCCUGGCUUUUCUCGGACUUCAUAUUCAACAUGACAAAAUAUGGAAAAGAACAGAGAAAAUACCUGAAGGUUUUGCAUGACACUACUGAUGAGGUAAUUGCAAAGAGAAAGAAGGAAUUGUUGGAAAAAGCAAAUGGAAGCACUAGCAUUAACACUGAAGAAAAUGACUUUGGACAGAAAAAGAGGUUGGCAUUUUUAGAUUUGUUGUUACAAUACACUAGAGAUGGAGCUAAUCUCACAGAUAAAGAAAUUCGUGAAGAAGUGGACACCUUCAUGUUUGAGGGACAUGAUACAACUGCCACUGCUAUAAGUUUCUGUUUGUGGUCACUUGCAACUCACCCUGACUGUCAGGAGAAAGUAUAUCAAGAAUUAUAUGAAAUAUUUGGAGAUUCAAAUCGUGACACAACAGUAAAAGAUUUGCAGGAUAUGAAAUAUUUAGAUGCUGUUAUUAAAGAGUCGCAGAGAAUUUAUCCUACAGUACCGUUUGUUUUCAGGGAGCUGGAUGAGGAAGUUAACAUAGAUGAUCUUCAUCUUGCUAAGGGCACAAAUGUAAUGAUUUCCCCAUUUUUAAUGAAUUACAAUGCUGAGUACUUCCCUGAACCAGAAAAAUUUGAUCCUGAUCGUUUCUCAUCUGAAAAUAGUCAGAGAAGAAACCCUUAUGCAUACGUACCAUUCAGUGCAGGUCCAAGGAAUUGUAUAGGACAAAGAUUUGCUCUAAUGGAAAUGAAAUCUACCAUUAGUAAAAUAGUAAGAAAUUAUAAAAUAACACCUGGCUCUAAAAAAAUUGUAUUAUGUGCAGAGCUUGUCCUGAGAUCUGUAAAUGGAAUACAUUUUUUAAUAAAUGAAAACAUAUUUCUAUGGUUUUUAUCACAUCUGUAUUUCAAAUUAUUGUACAAUAUAUUGAGGAAUUCCUCCUGUGUAUUUAGUGUUCAUAACAAAUUCAAACAUAAAUUUGAAGUAGCUGAACCAUUGGGAUUGCAUUGUACAAAACGAGCGAGCCAGGCCGCGGUGGAGGUGGAACCCUUGUCCCGUCCCGUCCCUCUGAGAUCCCACGAGCCUGGUGGUCAGUGUGCGUCUGGCCGGUGCAAGAUGUGGGUCACGGCGUUGCUCGCGGUCGCGACCGCCGUGCUCGCGUUGUUGCUGUUGCUGCCGCUGUACGUGAUUCACUGGUCCUGGGCCGCCAGGCUCACCGCUCACGUGCCUGGCCCCAAGCCACUUCCACUCAUCGGCAAUGCUCCCGAAUUUGGGAAAGGGCCUGUCGAGUUCAUGAACAAUAUGACAAAACUGUGGCAACAAUAUGGGAGUGUCGUAAAAAUUUGGCUGGGUCACAAGGUAUGCAUCAUGACAGCAAAACCUCAACAUUUAGAGGUAUUCAUGAAAAGUAAUACGAAUAUAUCAAAGAAUUUUAGUUAUAAAUAUUUACAUGAUUGGCUGGGAACCGGUUUACUCACUUCAACAGGGAUUAAGUGGAAGGAACAUAGAAAAAUGAUAACGCCUGCAUUCCAUUUCAAGAUUUUGGAAGAAUUUGUGGAUACAUUUCAUCAAAACUCAGAUAUUCUGAUUGAUUCUCUGAAAAAGCAUGUGAAGGGAUCUGCAUUCGAUUUUUACGAGUACAUAACACUCGCUACUCUGGACAUCAUUUGUGAAACAGCUCUUGGAGUAUCUGUAUAUGCACAACAACACAGUGAAUCAGAAUAUGUGGAAGCAGUGAAAGGGAUGGCGAACAUGGUAAUGAAACGUUCUUUUACACCUUGGAUGUUCUUUGACUUCCUUUUCAAUUUGAGUGAAGAUGGAAAAAAACAGAGAAGAUAUCUAGAAAUUUUGCAUGGCACUACCAGAAAGGUAAUCCACUCAAGAAAGGAGGAGUUCAUGAAGUUAGCUGCAAAAGAGACUGUUGUUGAUGAAAUAGGACAAAAGAAAAAAAUGGCACUUCUAGAUAUGUUAUUAGAAACUUCAAGAAAAUACGGUAAUUUGACAGAUGAAGAAAUUCGGGAAGAAGUGGAUACCUUUAUGUUUGAGGGACAUGAUACAACUGCAUCAGGAAUUUCAUUUUGUUUAUGGCUGUUAGGAUCACACUUGGAUAUUCAGACGAAAGCAUACAAUGAAUUGAGAGACAUUUUCGGAGAUUCUAAUCGUAAGGCCACAUAUAGAGACUUACAAGAAAUGAAGUAUUUGGAAUGUGUAAUAAAAGAAACACUUAGACUAUAUCCGAGUGUACCACUAUUUGGUCGUGAGUUGGAUGAGGAUGUAAAAGUUGGUAAGAGUUUAAAUGUUGAAAUACAUUGUAAAUAUUUUUUUAAUGAAUUGAAUGUGACUAACAAUUUUUUAAAAUUCGUUUCAAUUGUUUUAAAUAUUCUCACAAUAGAAAAUAAUGAAUUAAAUUUGCCAGCGGGAACCAAUGUUGUCUUCUUAACUUACUUCUUGCAUCGCGAUUCCGAUGUGUAUCCAAAUCCGGAAAAGUUUGAUCCAAAUAGGUUUCAACCUGAUAACAUUGAAAAGAGACAUCCUUUUGCAUUUCUACCCUUCAGUGCUGGACCAAGAAAUUGCAUUGGACAAAAGUUCGCAAUGUUAGAAAUGAAAGCAAUUAUAUCAGAUAUACUGAGAAAUUACAAGGUAAUUGCUGCUGAAAAUGUGCCUGUGGAACUUAGUCUGGAAAUAGUUCUUCGCACGAGCAACGGAAUUUUCAUGAAGAUUGAAGAAAGAUGAAUCGACUUCAAUGUGAAUAAACCACAUUAAAUAACUGUGCUUGGUGUUAGUAGUUCUGAGCUCUUUUGAUGAUAAUGUUGACUAGCAAUAGAAUGUCAAUUGAAAAGCAAUGACAUUCUCUUGCUGAAGCUGAUUUUGGUUUGCAAAACAGUUAUUAAAAGAGAUGAUUCAAGAACUGGUAAUGCAUAACCUAGACAUAUUUUAAGUCCAUUUCAUUUGUUACAUUUAGGAAGUCAUAAAUAGUUACAUUAUCCUGAUGUGAUCUUUGUUGGUUUAGGCUCAAGACUAGAGAAUGAAAAGAUAUUGAACUUUAAUAAGAAUUGUGUUAGGUUGCAAUGUCAACAAAUGAAAAAAAUUGUAUCAAUUUAACAAGACUGAAAAUAUUUUCAUUUUCAAUAAACAGUUUAGUGUCCUUACCUCAGAGCUCUGAACAAUUUAAAAUAUUAGGAUGGCAUCCAUUAGUAAGUAAUUAAUUUAUGAAUUAUUCAUUUUUGUAAAAACAUUUUCAAUUUUACUAUAUUAUGUACUAAUAGAAUAUAAAUCUCUACCUUUGUUCAAAGAAGUCUAGUUUGAGAGAAGUUUAUCAACUACAAAAAACAAAUCGUUCAGCUACAAAACGACAAUGCACUGCCUCUAUAAGGACGGAAACAUUUCAACCCGUACUAUGCUAUAAAAAUUAUUUAGAAACGCGCUUUUAUUGACAUUUAUACCACCUCCAUAGCAAUCGGUUGAGUUCUUGAAACGAUUUUUAACGUUUCCUCUGACGUUCAACAUGACGUCACAGUUUUUACUUUCUCACCUUGUAGAAAAAGAAAGUAUUGUAAUGGUGCACCGGAAAACGGCGAUUUUUCGACAGAAAAUCUCUUCUUGCUGAGUCCUGGUAAUGGAUAAACCUUGAUCCUAUAUUUAGUAAAGUUCCUCCUCUAAUACGCUGUUCUCAUACGCC